AUGCGAUAGUUUGAACAAUUAGGAAUUAGAUAAGGCAUAUAAUGUAUUUUUCUGCACACAAAUAGUGUUUGGAUCUCAAGUUUCCCCCUGAUGAGGCCCUUAGGCAAGGCCGAAACCUUCCAUGCCUGUGUAAAAGGUCUUACAUUGAAAUGGAUGGUCGAGGCAGCCCGGGAUACGUUUUGCAAUUAUCGCUGACCUUUAAAUUCUCUAUGUACAUUCUUCACGCACUGUACGUCUAUUAAACUCAAAUCUUUACUUCUUAAUUGAGCUUGCCCGACUACUGCCAAAGUUAUUUUCAGUUACAAGAAAAAUGGUGUUUGAUACCAGCCGUUGUGGCUUAUGUGAAAAAGAUCUUCGUAAAGAAUCAAAACGCAUUUUAAUCAAUAAUCGAGAGAUGUUUGAUUACGUUAAUGACUUAUAUUACAAAUUAUAUGGUACAGUUUUACCCGAAGAUGUCGUCAUUUGCUCUGCCUGCCGAACAAGACAAAGUAAAUAUUUGAAGAAACUAUCAAGUAUCGAACAAACCAAAGUACCAGCAAAUGAUAAUGCUAUGGAAACCGAUAGUCGUAGCAUGAUCAGCACUGAAACGAUUCGAUUCACCAUCACUUCUACCACAAUUACACACAAAAACGCCGCUUUACAAUGCGACUUGCUUACGAGUAAUACGCUAAAAUUACAUAUUAUCUUUCCACCUUUUUCCAAAAAAUAUUGUUCGAUAUGCCGACAGGAUUUUCAAGCAAAAACAUGUGUUACUAUAUCGGAUCGCCACAUUGAAAAUGACAACAUCAAUGAGAUUGCGAUCCAAACUAUUCAACAGAGCAAUACCGAACAAAACUGUACUGUCUCCGAUGAUACUAUUUCCACAUUGAUUAAAGAAUUACAGUCUAUGUUAAAGAAUCUCACUGUCGCCUACAUGCAUAUACUACCGCCAUUAACUUUUGACGAUCCAUUGCGUCAUACCGACGAAGAUUAUAUGACAUUCAUUGGAAUAGUUAAGGAACAAUUCAAAGACCUAUGCAGUUAUGUCGAUAUGAGAGAUACGAAUAACAGGUCUGUUGAAAUGGCCAUCGGUUGCCUCCUUACAAAACUUCGGAUCGGUGUCGUGCAAAAUUCAUCGUUGAAAUUUGUUCAUGGCUAUCUUUCGAUCGUGGCUAGCCUAAUAAAUGCCUACCGCCCAAGUUUUAUCAAUGACACAUCACAUGAUGAAGAACUAGCGAAAGCGUUUUUUGAACGAAAAGAUAUGAUUAAUGAUUUGGAGAAAAACUUAGAAGACGAAGACAUUAUGAAAGCUAGACAAUGGCUAAAAUAUGACGCUGCGCAAGCCUGUCCUGACUUUCCAAUAUUGACUGAAGAAAAACUCAGGGAGUUUACACUUGAUGUUUUUCAGGUGAAACAAGCGCGUAACUAUACAAUCGAACACUUAGAUCUUGACGGAGAAUAUGAAAUACGAGUUCGAAAGGAAGAUAAACAAUUACUUCGUGUAAACCUUCAAAGCAAACAUUCAGCCAGAAAAAAUUACCAUAUUUUGAUUAAGUACAAUGAUGAGACUGUCACCGGAGCAUGUUGUCAAUGUCCAGUCGGUUCGAGGACCGUCGGAACAUGUAGUCAUGCCACAAGUGUUAUAUGGUACUUAGGUAUAGCAAGACACGAACCAGACAAAUAUCUGACCACCCGAUCAUCAAAAUACUUGGAACUUUUUGAAGACGCGAAUCAUUACUCAUCUGAGUCAUCUGACGACGACAAUACACCCUAUACCCUCGCUGACUAG